GCAGUUGCAGUGGUGCAGAAUGGCAGACCUCAGUCUUGCAGAUGCAUUAACAGAGCCACCUCCAGAAAUUGAGGAAGAGAUAAAACGGGACUUUAUUGCCACACUGGAGGCAGAGGCCUUUGAUGAUGUUGUGGGAGAAACUGUUGGAAAAACAGACUAUAUUCCUCUCCUGGAUGUUGAUGAGAAAACCGGGAAUUCGGAGUCAAAGAAGAAACCAUGCUCAGACACUAGCCAGGCUGAAGGUACUUCAUCUUCUCAAGCAACAGUGCUUGCCAACGGUGACCACGGAAUAGAAGGGAAUGAUGCCACUGGGUCUCCAGCUGAAUUCCGUGAAGAGAAAAUGGCCUAUCAGGGAUAUCAGAAUAGCCAGAACUGGCCAGAAAAUACAAACUUUUGCUUUGAACCCGAGCAAGUGGUGAAUCCUAUCCAGGCUGAUCCCUUUAAGAUGCACCAUGAUGACAGCCUGGAAGAUUUGCUCUUUCUCCCCAGUGGAACAACCAGUGCUUCAGCAUCUGAAGAACAAAAUGAUCCCCUGAAAGACAGUUAUGGUGUGUUUCCCUGUGACACAUUCGCUCCUGCAGCUCUUGUUCCUCAUGGGUGGUCUGUGGAAGCUCCAAACCCUCCACAUUCAGAAUCCUUCAUUUCCCCUGAGGCCAUUACACAGCCUCUGCAGCCUACAGCAGAGCCUGCUGAGGAGGUAGAAAUGGCAUCAGCAGAAGAGAGAGCACCAACAAAAACAUUGGAAAUGAUGAUGGGACUGAAGGCUGCUAACAUGGCACCAUCUCGAGAAUCAGAGAUGGCCCUGGCCAAGGGUAUGGCGCCAGCCACAGAAACAGAGGUGGCAUUGGCUAAAGACACGGAACCACCUACCGAACCAGAUGUGGCACUGGCCAAGGACAUGGAAUCAUCCAUCGAACCAGAUAUGGCCUUAGUCAAGGACGUGGUACUACCCCUAGAAACAGAGGCAAUCCCAGUUAAGGAUGAUGUAUUGCCCGCAGAAACAGAUGUGUCUUUGGCCAAGGACAUGGUACUGCCCACAGAAACAGAGGUAACCCCAGCCAAGGACAUACUACUAUUCAAAGAAACAGAGAGGACACCACCUGUGAAAAUGGAUUUGGCCCCAGCUGAGGGCAUGGUACCACCUACAGACCGAGAGGUGGCCCCACCCAAGGGUGUAGCAUCACUUUCAGAAAUAGAGGCGCCACUGGAUGAGGACGUUGUGUCAUCCACAGAAAUAUCCUCAGCCAAGGAGGUAGCCCUGUCCUCAGAAACAGAGGUGGCCCUGACUGGGGAUAUGGUACUACCCCCAGAAACAGAGGUGGCCCUAGUCAAGGACAUGGCUGCACCUCCAGAAACAGAAGUCACCCCAGUCAAGGACAUGGCUCCACCCCCAGAAGUAGAGAUGGCCCUGAGCAAGGACGUGGCUCCACCUCAAGAAACAGAGGUGGCCCUGGGCAAGGACGUGGUUUCAUCUCCAGAAACAGAGAUGGCCCUGGGCAAGAAUGUGAAUCUACCCCCAGAAACGGAGGUGACCCUGGCCAACAGUGUGGCUCCAGCCAAGGAUGUUGCAGCAUCCUCAGAAGCAGAGGUGGCACCAGUUCCUGUUAAUGACAUGGAAACUGCACGGACACAGGAAGAAACAAGUGAGGAUUCCCAGUUAGAAUCUCUCCAGGAUGAAGGACAGUCAGCUGUACCUCCUCUCAUGAUUUCAGCAGAAGCAGUCACAGCCAUGGGCCAAAAGCACAACUUGCCAACAGAUGAGGAUUCUGUGUCAGAGGAACUAGAGCAAAAGAAACUGUUCAGUAGUCAACCUUCUGAACUUCCUUCAGAGACCUCAGGAAUAGCCAAACUAGAAGAAGGACGGCUUACUGGGAGUGUGACCGGAAAUGACAUCACCGCCCCUCCAAACAAGGAGCUCCCACCAAGCCCAGAGAAGAAAACAAAGCCUUUGGCCACCACUCAACCUGCAAAGACUUCAACAUCGAAAGCCAAAACACAGCCCACUUCUCUCCCUAAGCAGCCAGCUCCCACCACCUUUGGUGGGUUGAAUAAAAAACCCAUGAGCCUUGCUUCAGGCUCAGCACCGGCUGCCCCACCCAAACGCCCAGCUGCUGCCACUGCCAGGCCUUCCACCUUACCUUCAAAAGACGGGAAGCCCAAGCCUGUUGCAGAGGCAAAGAUUCCUGAGAAGCGGGCCUCACCAUCCAAGCCAGCCUCACCAUCCAAGCUGGCUUCUGCCCUGGCCGGUAGGCCUGGCUCCAAGAGCACCCAGACUGUUCCAAAAGCCACAGGAGCUGCCACUCUUGCCUCAGCUGGGCCAAGCAGUAGGAGCCCCUCUACACCCCUACCCAAGAGGCCCACUGCAGUCAAGACUGAGGGGAAACCUGCAGACAUCAAGAAGAUGGCUACGAAGUCUGCACCAGCUGACGUGAGUCGCCCAAAGAGCACCUCCACCAGUUCCGUGAAGAAAAGCGCCGCCGUCCCUGGGGCAGCACCCCCAGCAGGGGUGACUCCCAGCCGCGUGAAGCCCACAGCCACGCCUCCCCGGCCCUCUGGGACUCCUUCCGUGGACAAGAAGCUCACGUCAGCCAAGCCCAGCUCCUCUGCCCCAAGGCUGGGCCGCGUGGCUACCAAUGCUUCUGCCCCUGAUCUGAAGAAUGUCCGUUCCAAGGUUGGCUCCACGGAAAACAUCAAGCAUCAGCCUGGAGGAGGCCGGGCCAAAGUAGAGAAAAAAACAGAGGCAGCUGCUCCAGCUCGAAAGCCUGAACCUAACGCAGUCACUAAAGCAGCCGGCCCAAUUGGCAGUGCACAGAAACCGCCUGCUGGGAAAGUCCAGAUAGUCUCCAAAAAAGUGAGCUACAGCCAUAUUCAGUCCAAGUGUGGUUCCAAGGACAAUAUUAAGCAUGUCCCUGGAGGUGGUAAUGUUCAGAUUCAGAACAAGAAGGUGGACAUCUCUAAGGUCUCCUCCAAGUGUGGGUCCAAGGCUAACAUUAAGCACAAGCCUGGUGGAGGAGAUGUCAAGAUCGAAAGUCAGAAGCUGAACUUCAAGGAGAAGGCCCAGGCGAAGGUGGGAUCCCUUGAUAACGUGGGCCACCUGCCCGCAGGAGGCGCCGUGAAGAUUGAGACCUACAGGCUGACGUUCCGGGCAAACGCCAGGGCCCGCACCGACCACGGGGCCGACAUUGUCUCCCGCCCCCCUCACUUCCCUGGCGGCCCCAGCUCAGGCACCUGGGCCCCUAGCUCCCUCUCCUGGGCUGCCCUCUAGGCCCCUCCCUCCCUCCCUCCCUCCUGCCUCACUUGCCCAGGGUGGCAGCAGCCCCGUCCCCGUGCUCCCUCCAUUCCUGGCCCCAGACCCAGCUCCCUGCUUGGCUCCCGUCCUCACCAUUGCGCCGCUGCUCCGCGGAGAAGGUUGGGUGGAAAGUUGGGUGGGGGAGGCUAGUUUGGGACCUCCUGGGAUCUGGGUGGGGGGAGCCGGAGUCCAACCUCCUCUUUGUUCGUUUGGGUUUUUUGGACCAAACCCAAGAGAAACUGACAUACGCUCCCUCCUCGCUGGUCCAUCUGGAGGGAAGAGUGGAAGUGGAUGUCCACGUGACGGCUGGGCGCUGACUGCGCACCCUGGAGCCUGCUAAGCCACUGCCUCUUCCUUUGACCCCACAGUGGUGCCCACCUCGCAGGUGGCGCCAGGCACCUCUUGCUGCCCUCCCCCAAGUUAGUCAGGGGCAAUGCUGCCUGUCCCCGCUGCUUCCCAUACCUACCUAGCUGCUGUCACACUUUAUCUUUUUUUUUUUUUUUUUUUUAAUAACCUGAAAACCGGUGGAGUAGUUUUGCAGGUUGAAGCCAUGUCUGAAUGAAAGUCGUUGGUAGGUGUUAAAGGAAACAGGGAGGGGAGAUCCUGAAGCCUCCAGCUGGGAGGUGAGGCAUUGGAGGCUGCCCUGUCUUGGGCAGCUCGGGGCCCUGGCCCCGGAGGUGGUGUGGGCAGGGCAGGCGCAGUGGGGGGCUGUGGGCUAGAGGGCAGGCAGGGACCGCUAGGGGCUGGUCAGAGUGUGGACUGGUGGUUCUGGCAUUUUGUGUGUAUGCUGCUUUUCUUUUCUAACCAAGAGGCUGGUUUUGGCAUCUAUGUCUGUCUCAUUCCCUGGGAUCUGGUGGGAGACACGGUUGGGCUGGAAAGGGCCAUGGAGGUCAAAUUCCUCCAAGCCUGCAACCUAGGACACUCGAGCCCUCAGUUGCCAGGGAGCCCAAUGUGUUCAGAACUCAUGUGGAUAGUGGGGAAUCAAGUCUGGAAAUUAAAAAAAAAUAAGUACAUGAGAUGACCCAUCCAGGCUCCCUUGCGGCCUGACUGGAGAGGGGAGAGAGGAGAGGCGAGGCCAGCCUAAGGGGUGUGUCCUGGUUAGGCCUGGUCUUGGGAUGGCUGCAAUGAUAAGUCCCGGGAAUUGUAUUGACACGAAGAUUCUUAUUGCACUUGUAUUUUUUGUAUUAAAGUUUGCAUGGUUUCUAAUAAAGGAUUAAAACGUAACAGUUUGUAGUGAAAUGGCCUGGGAGUCUCCAAGGCUUCUCCUCUGGAAGAGCAUUUUCUGCAGUGCAGACUUGGCCCCUCACACUCCCCACCUUCUCCUCUGGCAUCCCUUGGCGCUGAGAAGGUGGGAGCUGCUGACCUAGGAUCAGAUUCGAAGUCCAUGUAGAGGGAGGGUGUCUGGGCUGGGCAGGUGCUCUCCCUUUCUGAGGUAGCAUUUUCUCCAGGGAGGUUCGACACCAUCUCCCCAGCUCCCCAAGCACAUACCAAGAAAUUGCAGGGGUCUUGUGGAAAAAGCGCUCCCAGGGCCAGAGACUGUCCACACAGUGCUUCAACGGCGCCAGGGACAUCAGGGCAUCCGUGUUUUGUCUGCAAGAAAGGGUGAGAUGAAACUGGGAGGACGCAGUGGGAGGUGGGGUGCCAGAUGCAGUGGGGUGACAGUGCUGGGCCUAAAGGUACCUGCACCUGUGUUGAUGCUGGGGUGGACAAGCUCUCGGUCGUUUUACUCCGUUGGCCAAAGGUAGGGGUGGGAGAGGUGACCCCGGCAGAGAGCACUCUAGGGGGCGCUGGAGUGAUCAGUGUUCUGAAAGGUGGUUUGGUCACAGCUCCCUUGAAGGGUCCCACAAGCCAGAGAAGCUGAGAAGGCCGCCCUGACAGGUGGGACCAGAGGCCGUGUGUGCUGUGUUCUAUUCUGCAGCCGUUGGGGCUGGAACGUUUCUGUACUUCCCCAUUUGCUUAUGGCUCAGCCGUUAACCAUGUCCAUCUGUGAUUGUUGUUGCGAUUUCCAGAACAAAUAAAGCUCGUAUGUCCCA